AUGGCUGAUUUUGGCAAUCAAACAUGCUCUAUCGAGGAAUUGUAUGUGUGGCUGUCUAUGGAGGAGAAGCAAAGUAGGCUGGAGUUGGCAGAGGAUGGGGAUAAGGGGGCGGAGGACACUAACGAUUCACCAUAUUGUGUUGUUGGCCGAUUAUUAAUAGAAAAGCCGGUUAACUUUAUUGCUCUCAAAAAUACCAUUGCAUCAGUAUGGAGGCCAAUCAAGAGAAUGAUAACAAAGGAUUUGGGUAACAAUGCAUUUGUGUUCCAAUUUAUCCAUCCGAUGGAUUUGGAACGAGUUGUGAAGUGUGGAUUGUGGAACUUUUCUCAAAACUUACUGCUUUUGAAACACCUUCCAAUCGAUGUUGAUACAAAACAGGUGGAAAUCACUAAAAUCGACUUUUGGUUUCAGAUUCAUAACAUGCUGAUAGGUUACAAGUCUAAGAGGCUUGGUAAGGAGGUCGGUAAUUGCAUUGGCACUUUUAUUGAGGCUGAUUCGAAGAAUUUUACGGGCAUUUGGAGGGAGUAUAUGAGGAUCCGAGUGAGCCUUAAUAUCCAUAAACCAUUGAAGAGGAGGAUGCAAAUAAAGAAGGCGAGAGGAGACUGGAUUUGGAUCAUAUUCAAGUAUGAAAGAUUGUCUACUUUCUGUUUCUUCUAUGGGAUGCUUGGUCAUUCUGACCGUUUUGCAAGAUUCUAA